UAAUUGACAAGGUAAGUAUUCAAAUUUUGAUUAUUUUAAAACGUAUCAGCUUAUGAGUGUGAAAGAUGGGUCGUAUUUAUAAUGUAGAAUAAUCGCAUGCGUUAGUGGUAUGUCGGCCGCACAGAAUAACUCGGUUACCGCCAUUUUAUUUCGGUUUUAACGCUAACAUUGUGGAUUGGAUGGCAAAUUAUAAUAAUAUAUUAUUGGUAAGUAAACAUUUACGUAUUUAUUUGAAACGUUGCAUAACUUUAUGUAGUGAUGAAUAGAGAUAUAUUAUUUGUUGGUAACACGCACAUUAUUACACACCAUUUCACCCACAUUUUUGGGUUAUACACGGUAACGAUACGAGCCGAAACGUAGUUUGAACCGUCGGGCCACGAACUCGCGAUCGCUCGAGGCCAGCGCGGCCGCCGGCGUGGCGCCAGCGCGGUGCCAGCGGAGCGGACCGACACAGCGCAGGUAAACCCGUUGAGCAUUAUACUGGCGACGUAGUUGGUUAUGUGGCUUAUUUAUCUAUUAUUUAUUAUUUCUUUUUUAUUAUUUGCAUUCACAUGUGAUUUCACUGCAAAUGUCUUUUCUUAGCAAUUCAUGUUUUAAAAUCUCGACUGUGUACGUCAGUCGACCCGCGCAUGUUCACGACGGCAGGACUUGACGUUGGCCAUUUGGAAGCAUGUUAUUAUAUUUUUUCGUUUUUAUCAUCGUUCCUAGUGAAUGCGCAUUUCAUUUUUAAAAAAAACAAUAUGACGUAAUUUUACAGCGUGUAACGGAAAGGCGAUGAAACAGUACCAAACAGAGUGAUCGAGGCGAUUUGUUUUAAAUGUGAACGAAACAUCAAAACUAAAUUUCCUCUUGAAACCAUCCCUGCUUGUGUCUCCGCUUAAUCUGCUUCAUAAUUCUUAAUCCGAUCAUUUCAGCUAUACGUCAUGUUCCAAUAAUGAUAAAAAAUAAAUUCAUUAUAUUUUUCCGUGUACUAACUAACACCUUCACUCAAAAGCGUUACUAACACAAUGCUGCUGCCAUAAUUAUUGUGCUUUUAUUAUUUCAUAUUCCAGCUAUCGUUUUUGAACUAACUAGCACUACUGCUGCAUACGCAAAAACUCCUUUUCCAUUAACUCGUGGCUAUCUUAAAAACUUCGAGGUACCAAUAGAAAACCAAAGCGACGUAAAUGCUAUUCAUAAAAAAAUGAGAAAGAAACCGCAUAUGAAAAAGAUGCAAAAAGGAAAAAGAAAAAUUCAGAAAGAUGGGGUCGCUUGCGGAGACAAACUACCCAAUGAUAAGGACAGGAGAUACGUGUGCUCCAUUUGCAAGCAGAAACAGUACAAGUACAGGAGGAACAAGCUCCGGCACGAGAAGUACGAGUGCGUGACGGGCCCGCAGUUCGGCUGCGAGAAGUGCGGGAAAAAAUACUCACAGAAAAAAACACUGAUGAUGCACGUCCUACAGAAACAUCCCGCUUGAUUACGGACGCCGUUUAUUGUUUGCUUUUUAUUUUUGUUUCAUAAAACAUGAAUUGUUAAGAACAAGUCAUUUUUAUGCUGAUCGUUUUUAGAAGUUGAAUAUUUUUGUUACUUACUUUAGUUUAUGCAUAGAAGGGUGCUGUUUUUUUUCUUUUAAAGAUUUUUAUUUUUAAGUUUUCGAAAUCUAUAUCGCUCAUAAAUCAAGGAAAUAAUAUAAAUAUCACUUGUGAGCAGCUAGCUACAUAGCCAGUUACUGUUUUGUUUUGUAAACAUUUUUUUUUAUAUUUCAAUAUAUUUUGUUACGUUGCCAUUUUGGUUUUUAUUUGCGGAACCGAACAGGCUCGUUCACCCGGGCAGAGCGGAAGACGGACUGUAUUCGGGCUUUCUC